GAUUCUCUGUUUCGUAAAGUCAUUAAUGGGUAAGAGAAUAAAAACAGAAACAAGUCAUUGGAGAAGCAAAAGAUAAAACCAUGAACGCAUGGUGUGAGUGCUCAGUUUAGAUUCUUUUACACAAAGGGUGUCCCAAACUAACAUGUACUUUUUUUAAUAUUAUUUAAAACUCUUAUAAUCUAUCGUUUUAUCUUUCUCCCUCUUCUCUCUCUCUCUCUCUCUCAGACUCACUCUGUUUCCAUUCCGGUAAUGACUAUACCUUAAGUUUUGUGAGGCGCUCAGUGCGGCUAUGUACCCUUAAGGCAGAUAGUGGCUAUGCUGAGGAAUGUGUUGGAAGGGUUGUGACAGGUUGAGAUCAGACAAUGAGUUAAAACUAAGAAUUACAUGAAUUCAUCGGGAUUCGUAUGAUUCAGGGCAAAAUCUAGAUUACUUCUGAAGAAGCUGUAGAACUUGUAGCUUUGGCCUAGUCCAUCAAGAUCAUAAAGCUUUGAAAUUUCUUCAGAUGGGUGAGCAACAACAUAGCAGAAUUUCAAUGAUGAACUUUGGAGAACAACUUUUGGGUGAAGAUGAUAGACAAUUUGAAAUGAACAAUACAUGGGUACCCAUCACCCCAGAGAAGCUGACUCUAGUAAGAUCAAAUUAUCAAGAACUAGGGGUACCUGGAAGCGAGUACAAGAAAGAGCAGCUGCUGCAUUACCAUGGAGCAGAUCAGAAUCUCCACCUGAUAGGAGAAGCAGGUCGAACUAGAGAAAACAAAAAUUUUGAUGGCAACUCAGCUAAUAGGACCAAUGCUCUCAAUCACAUUGCAGGCUCUUACACCCAGGCGUGGCACUAUGAGAGCAGUGGAUCAAACAGUAAUACCUUGGAACAGCUCCUCAAGAACAAUGCAACUAAAAUAGUUUCCCCUAACAGGAAUUUGGAUGCGAACAACAUGGCAGCAAGAAAUUCACUGGUACCAAAAUUUUACCCUCAGGCUAGCAGUGAUGUGAGUAAUUCCUAUGUAGGUGUACAAAGAUGCAAUGUCAGUUCUGCUUCAGACACUCUGCUCAAAGAAGCAAAUAGAUUUCUGAUUCCAAAUAGGAAUUCUGAAUUUGGUGGCAGCAACUUGAACAGCUUGCUCAACAAUGACAUUCACUGUUCAGUCCCAUACCAACUGGAUGACUUCUACUCUGAGAUACCCUAUGGUGAUUCUUACCCCAAUUAUAAUAUGAAUUAUGCACCACUAGCUGAAGCUGAUGCCACCACUAGUUUCAGCAAUUCCCUCCAAUCAAUACCAACAAUGGAUCAGCUCGAGUUCAUGAACGACCAGUUUUGUUCAAUACCAGAUUACACAAUAGCUGAAAGCACAAGUCAGGAGAAAAACAAACAAAAAGACUUGGUUUCAUCCACACAGAAUGAAAUUCAGGAAUAUUGUGAUGGGCUUCUACAACAAAUAGUAGAUUCAUCAUCUGCAGCAAUUUCUGCAACAUAUGGGGAUCAAAAGAGUUCUGACAGCAAUAUAUGUGGCAAGGAAAGUGACCUGGGAUUUGACCUGAACAAAACACCUGAGCAGAAAGCACCCAAACGAAGAAAGCAUAGGCCAAAAGUAAUUGUAGAGGCCAAGCCCAAAAGAAAUCCAAGGCAUGGAACUCAGAAGACACAGAUCAAGGAGAAUCUGCACAGAAAGAGGAAGAAUGUCCCAAACAUUGCAGCAACACCGCAGAUUGAUGCUAUAGAUAAAACUGCUGAUUCUACAGUUGCCACUAAAAAAUCCUGCAGGAGAGCUCUAAAUUUUGACUCUGAAAAUAGCAGAUGCCAAAGCCAGAGCAGAAUAGUUUGUCAGCAGGAGAUCCACAAUAGAAAUGAGAAAGCUUUCAGUAUCACUUCAGAUCACAAGGCCACAGACAUGCUUGGGGGACCAACCAUAACAAAUGGUACAAAAUCAGCUUUGCUGAUCAGCCAGAAUGAUCAACUUACAGUACGAAACCAACAAUGCCGAAACAUUGAUGAUAAUACACUUCUAUUGCAUGAAAAGAAAACUAAUUAUUUCCCAUCAGAAGGGAAAUUAGGCACAGUCUUGUCAGCAACUACAGAAGAACAGCAGAUAGAAAAAUUUCCACACACUGAAGAAAGUCUAGCACAGGGAAAUUCUGAUAUGUGCCAGGAAGGAAAUAAUGGAUGUAUGCACCAAUUUCAUGCUAAGGAAUUAGACUACAGCCUAUUUCAAUCACAAAUAUGUUUUGGAAACUCUCAGAACACCGGAGAACUGAUUUGUCAGAAUACCCUUCAAUUGCAGACUAACAUUGUAUCUGAUUCCAUUGAAGGAAAGGGUUCCAAGAGAACAUAUUAUAACAGCAUUAAGAACCAACAUGACUCAGCCAGAAAUCCACAUGAUAUUUCCUUGUGUCAAGAGAGUUUACAUGCAGAUGGCAAUAAAAAGCAGAAGAAUAAAAAUACUCAAAAGAAAGUCAAUAUAAACAUCUGUGGAAGGUCCUCCGGUCAAAUAAUGUCUAAAGGGAAAUCACAGAAAGCAAGAAUUAAAGAAAAAAAUGGAUUUCAAUCAGAGUCUAAUGAAGGAAUGCCAAACAUCUGUAUUGAAAGGAAAAGAUUUGUAGAGCAGCAAAACAAUGGAGCCAGCACUGGAGAACCGCACCAGAUAUGCUCCACUCUGAUAGAUGAGAUAAUUUGUCAACUGAAUGGUCUCAACCUUGGGAAGAGCAACUUAUCAGACAUUGAAGCACAAAAGGCACUUGUCCCAUAUAACGGAGAUGGUUCAAUUGUACCCUACCAGCAAUUUGAAUUAACAAAAAGACAAAAACCAAGGCCUAAAGUGGAUCUUGACUCAGAAACAGAGAGAAUCUGGAAACUGUUGAUGGGCAAGGAAGGAAGUGAAGGCAUUGAAGGAAUUGACAAGGAAAAGGAGAAGUGGUGGGAAGAAGAAAGAAAUGUUUUUCAUGGACGAGUUGAUUCCUUCAUUGCACGGAUGCAUCUUAUUCAAGGAGAUAGACGUUUUUCAAAAUGGAAAGGAUCUGUUGUUGACUCAGUGAUAGGUGUUUUCCUCACUCAGAAUGUUUCAGACCAUCUUUCAAGCUCUGCCUUUAUGUCCCUGACAGCAAGGUUUCCUCUCAAGUCAAAAAGCAGCAACACAUCAUAUGAUAUUGUUGCCAUAGAUGCAUUGCUUGAAGAAGCAGAACUCUGGAUAUUAAAUCCAGCUGAUACAAUAACAUCAAUUGGAAGAGGGACAUUAAAUCAGCCAACCUAUCAUCUUGGCUUUGAGACAUCCCAUCAUACAAGAGAGCUUUGGAGAGAGAGUGAAACCCCAAGGACAAGACAAAACCUAAUAAAGCUAAAUAAUCAGAGCUCAGAGGAAGAAUUUUUAUCAUCGCAAGAUUCACUUGAUUCCUCAAUCACUCAAGAUGCCAGAAUUAGAUGCUCUUCAGGAUCCAACUCAGAAUCAGAAGGACUUGACAGUAGGUGUGAACCAAGACUGACUCAGCUUUUAACUUCAACAACUUCUUUACAGGUAGGAAGGACCGCUAUGUUCCAGGAAUUUUAUAACAGUGUAAAUGGGGUGUCACUGUUUGAGGAGAGAACCAAAGAUGAAAAGCUGCAUCAAACUGAACACAUGAAAAAAAAUUGUGGAGUAGGCAGAAACAAUAUUCACUCAGCAUUCAGUCAUCCCAGCAACUUUAUUUAUCCACAAAAGCAACCACCGGUAUUUCCUGCAACUGAUUAUGAGUUACAUCACCCAGACACACAGGGGCUGCAGACUUUUCAAUUGAAUUGUGGGGAGUCUUCAAGGACUGAAACUGUUUCUGCAUACAGUAAAUUCCAGGACAACGAUUGUGGGAGAUUUGGCAUUAGGGAAGUAGGAGAUAGUGCAGAUAACUAUAAAGAGAUGCAGUUUGGAAAUGGAACUCUAGGGUCUCCAGAAUUACCGACAAUUAGCCCUUAUGGACCAUUGUGCAGGCAUUUAGGCCUUCCAGAAGAUACUUCUCAAUCAAGACCUCAGACAAAUCAUAAGCAACCUUCAUCGAACCAUCAUCUUGUAGGUCAGGAAACCAUAGAAUCAGAAAGUGGGCCAUAUACGAAGUCACUAAACACUUCUCACAUAUUGGGCAGAGGGCAAGAUGUUGUAGUGAAUGAUCGCUGCACUAUUUCUGAACAUGCAGAAGGUGGACUUGACAGUGAAAAAAUGAUAUCUGCUGCAAGAAGGCAAGGAUGCUCAGACAAUGGUAGGGCUAAAUCAGAGCCACAGAAGAAAAAGAGAAAAAUCAAGGUUUUAAAAGAAAGGAAAGUGAAACCUGAGACACAGAAAAAGCCUGCAGAAGACUGGGACAAACUAAGAAAGGAUGUACAGGCAAAUGGGACAGAGAUAGACAGAAGCAAAGAUACAAUGGAUUCACUGGACUACGAGGCAGUAAGAUGUGCCUCUGUUAAAGAGAUAUCUGAAGCUAUUAAAGAACGAGGGAUGAACAACAUGCUAGCAGAACGAAUCAAGGAAUUCCUGAACAGAUUGGUUACAGAACAUGGACGCAUUGAUCUUGAAUGGUUAAGACAUGUUCCCCCAGAUAAAGCAAAGGACUACCUUCUAAGCAUACGAGGACUGGGGUUAAAAAGUGUGGAAUGUGUACGACUUCUGACACUUCAUCAUAUUGCUUUCCCAGUUGACACCAAUGUUGGAAGGAUAGCUGUUAGACUUGGAUGGGUCCCUCUCCAACCACUUCCAGAAACACUUCAGUUACACCUCCUCGAACUGUAUCCAGUGCUGGAAUCAAUUCAGAAGUAUCUCUGGCCAAGAUUGUGCAAACUUGAUCAAAGAACCUUGUAUGAGCUACACUACCAAAUGAUUACGUUUGGGAAGGUUUUCUGCACCAAGAAAAAACCAAAUUGCAAUGCGUGCCCAAUGAGAGCAGAAUGCAGACAUUUUGCAAGUGCGUUUGCAAGUGCACGGCUUGCCUUGCCUGGACCAGAAGAGAAACGCAUUGUGAGUAUGCAUGUUCCCAUUGCAGCAGAGAGAAACUGUUAUGUCAAUAAGAACCCUGUGAUCCUACCUCUCCCCGAGAACAACUUGAUCAGAGAAGUAAGUCCUGAAAGUGGACAGUGCGAACCAAUCAUUGAAGAACCAGCAACACCUGAACAAGAGUGGACAGAGGAAUUAGACAGUGACAUUGAGGACUUCUUUAGGGAGGAUCCUGAUGAAAUUCCUACUAUCAACCUCAAUAUCAGAGAGUUUGCAAUGAAUGUACAGAACUGCUUGCAAGAAUACAAGGAGCAUCAUGAAGGUGAUGUGUCUAAGGCACUUGUUGCCUUGACUCCACAGUCUGCUUCUAUCCCUACACCAAAACUGAAGAAUGUGAGUCGGCUAAGAACAGAACACCACGUAUAUGAACUUCCAGAUUCACACCCUCUCUUGGAAAAGAUGGAUAAACGGGAACCUGAUGACCCAAGCCCAUAUCUUCUUGCAAUAUGGACACCAGGUGAGACUGCAAAUUCCAUAGAACCACCAGAAAGAAAGUGUGACUCCCAAGACUCGACCAACCUGUGCCAUGACAAGACAUGCUUUUCAUGCAACAGCAUUAGAGAAGCUAAUUCACAAACAGUGAGAGGAACACUUCUGAUACCUUGUAGGACAGCAACUAGGGGAAGCUUUCCACUGAAUGGGACUUACUUUCAAGUUAAUGAGUUAUUUGCGGAUCAUGCAUCCAGCAUUCAACCCAUUGAUAUCCCUAGGUCAUGGAUAUGGAAUUUGCCAAGGAGGACAGUAUACUUUGGGACCUCUGUAUCAUCAAUUUUCAGAGGCCUCUCAACCCAAGAAAUUCAGUACUGCUUUUGGAGAGGAUUUGUUUGUGUCAGGGGAUUUGAUCAACAGAGCCGUGCACCCCGUCCUCUCCAAGCCAGACUGCAUUUUACCGCAAAUAGGAAAUAUCACAAGCAGCGGAAUAAAAAUGGUACAUCAUAUUCAAUUAACCGGUUAACCACUCAAGAGAGAUAG